AUGGCCGUUUUCGUUGAAUUUGAAAGUGUUGUCUUAGAUUACACCCAUAUCAAGAAAGCUUACAGAAAAAAAGCAUUGCUGUGCCAUCCUGAUAAACAUCCUGAUGAUCCAAUCGCAGCUGAACGAUGGGAGCAGCUUUCGAAAGCAUUAGAAAUACUGACUGAUAAGAAAGCUAGAGCAGCGUAUGACAAAGUAUUAAAAGCAAAGAAAGCUGCAGAACUUAGGAAUAGAGCUUUGGACGCUAAAAGGAAGAAAGUCAAACAUGAUUUAGAAGUAAGAGAAUCUGCAGCUAGGAAUGAAAAAGAAGAUGCAAUUGCUGAUGCAAGAACACUUGAAGAAGAGAUUAAAAGACUUCGAGAAGAAGGGUCAAGACAACUCGAAGAAGAAAAAAAAUUACUCAAGCAACAACUUAAAGAAGAUUCUAUCAUUUUAACUGAUCAAAUAGACACACCAAAGUUGAAAGUAAAAUGGAGAUGUAAAAAAGAAGAUGAAACAAAUGGUGGUUAUAAUCAUGAUGUAUUAUUUCAAAUAUUUUCAAAGUAUGGGAAUGUCAGUAACCUAAUUAUGUCACGUAAACACAACGGAAGCGCCAUUGUAGAAUUCAAAUCGAAACACAGUGCGGAGUUGGCUGUUCAACAUGAAGUUGGAAAAACUAUUAAUCCUCUGCGGGUAUCAUGGCUAUCUGGAAAACCAACGAAGCAAUCAGUGUCUACCAACCAGCAAUCAACAAACAUUAGUGCCGGCUUUAGUUCAGAUGCCACAGGAGGUGAUUUUGAAAGCAUGGUACUCGAAAAGUUGCGGCAAGCGGCUUCACAGAAUAGGACUGAAGGCAGGAAAGAAGAGCAAGAGUCAACACACAGUACUGAGACAUUAUUCAAUGAUACAGACACUGUGGGAGAGGAACAGACUAAAAAUUUAUCUUGUGAAAAUGACUUUGAGAGCGUAGUCCAGAUGCGAAUGAGACAAGCCAAUGAAAGACAGCUUUUAAUUGACAAAUUAAAACAGGAAGACAGCGAUUAGAAAUGAAAUGAGUGAAUAAACAUCAAGGAGUUGAGUGGUUUGUUAUUCAGCCAAGCUUGUAUAGCUAUGGUAGGCUGUCAGAAAUAAUAAAGUGUAUUGUUAAAAUAAACAA